AUGCUCUGUCUGCACUGGCACAGCUCGGCCUGGCCUGGUACAGCAGAGCACAGUAGCACCUCCGCCAGCCGCCCGGAGCCUGUCAGCAGCUACAUUAAGCCAUUACACAAAGCAACUGGGCCCCCACACCGGCCCUGCACCGGCCCACACCGGCCCACCCCUCACAUCCGCUCAGAUACAUACCAUAAUUACAGCCCCACUUCAUACUCAUCUCCCCUGGCAACAGCAAUCACACAGCCCACAGAGCUCAGUCUAAUUCACGACUCUGGUGGAGGGAAGUUGGCGGCGCAUAUACGCAGCAUUCCCAAACAAGUUGACUGUCGAGAAGAUGUCAGUCGAACUCCGCACCUCCCUGUGAGAAAAGUCACUUUCGCCUGCACCAACAGGACUCCAACAAACAUCCCUGAAAGCUGGAGCGUUCUCGCUGCGAGCUCUGCGAUUGGUUGGCCCGCCAUGAAAGCAAAGGCGCUCUCUCCACAGGCUCAUCUGCUGGAAAGGUUACCUGUGGGACGAGGUACAGCCGUGGCGCCUGAUUGGAGGAGAGAUCAGGCGGCCCGCUGGAUGGGCUUCAGUCGCGGGGGUGGGAGCCAGAGGACGUUCCGGAGAUGGGCUGGUGAGCAGAUGCACGAGACCCAGGUCCAGAUGGAGAGGCCCAAAAGGAGCCCUCAUAUCUGUCAGCCUCUCCACCUCCUCCCUGAGCCCUCUCCACCUCCUCCCUGGGCCCUCUCCACAUCCUUCCUGGGCCUCUCUCUCCACCUCCUCCCUGGGUCCACCUCCUCCAAGGCCCUCUCCAUCUCCUCCUUGGGUCCUUUUCACCUCCUCCUAGUGUCCAACUCCUCCCUCGGCCCUUUCCACCUCCUCCCUGGCCUUUCCUCACCUCCUCCCAGGGCCCUCUCCACCUCCUCCCUGGGUCCAUCUCCUCCAAGGCCCUCUCCAUCUCCUCCCUGGCUCAUUCCUACCUCCUCCCUGGGUCCACCUCCUCCCUAUGUCCACCUUCUCCAAGGCCCUCUCCAUCUCCUCCUGGGUCUUCAUCCUUUCUGGGCCCUCUCCACCUCCUCCCUGGCCUUUCCUCACCUCCUCCCAGGGCCCUCUCUACCUCCUCUCUCGGCCCUCUCCACCUCUUCCUUCUCCGCCUUCUCCCUGGCAGCCUUCUCCGCCUCCUCCCUGGCAGCCUUCUCCACCUCCUCCCUCUCCUCCUCCUCUCCCUCAGACAGGACGAUGACACAGAGCAGGACACAUGAUAAACGCAGAGUGGAAGUGGAACAUAGCAAGACAACAGCUCAGCCUCUUUCACAUGCAGAUGCCAAUGGCGCUGGGGUGUGGAGGCCCUCAAUGCACGGCCUGGCCCCUACAGUGUACUCAACUUUUAACCCCCCCCUCCACACCCCUCCACCCAGGGCCUUUCUCAUGCGGCCCGUUGGGAGCAGAUUGAUGAUAGCGCUACACUUCCUCUGCAGGGAGCGCGACCUCGGCCUGAAUAAUGGCCCACUGUUGAUUAGCCCGUGUCAUUAG